GUGUAUUGUGUGUGACACAUGUAAAAUAAAAUCUUUAACCUGCUCUCGUUAAUGCUAACUAAUAAGAUAUAAACGUUAAAAAGUGAAAUUUUCCAAGGGGAAAAAUUUGGUCACACCGGGGUUCGAACUCCGGCCUGUACUGUCUAUUUAUGCGCCUUGGCCACGGAGUCUUCGUUGAGAAUUUUAAGACAAUUGCACUCACUUGCACAUGUAAAAAUCAACGAAAGUUCUCAUCGCACUGCAAAACGCCCUCUUCUUGGUUACCUAUACUUUAAAUUCAAUAGUAGAUUACCAGCCCCCAAAUAUAUAAUUUGUUUUUAUGUUCAUGUUGCUUUAAUUAAACAUUUUUCAUUCACAAUGUUUUUAUUUUUUAGGCAAUAAUUUCAGAAGAUUCUGAAAAUAUCCGCAUCAAAAUGGAACUAGAUCAAGUUUUAACGAAAUUGGGUGAAUUUGGUCCGUACCAGAGAAGAGUCUACCACUGGUAUUGCAUGCUGACGUUGUCUGUUGCAUUUCAUCACCUUGCACAAGUAUUCUUAGGAGGUUUUUCUGAUCAUUGGUGUACAGUGCCUUCGUCUAACACAGAUCUAGACUGUACAGAAUUUAGAUACAGUGAUUGUGUUGAUGUGGACUGGGGAAAUGACGUCAAUGAAACCCAGUGCAGUUUUUACUUUGGCCAAAAUUUUGGAAAUGAAACGGGUACAAUUGAGUGUCUUGAUGGUUACACGUUUGAUCAUUCUCAAUACACGAAUACUAUCCAAGAAGACUUUGGUCUGGUCUGCGAUGGAAAGGCGAAGACUGCGUUGGCACAGAUGAUAUAUUUCGCCGGAGUGCUUACAGGGUCUGUUGUUUUCGGAUCAUUAGCUGACUGGUCAGUGUUUGAAAUUAAAUUUCU